UUCAUCGGGCAGUAUGGCGAUCGAGGGGAGAUACCAUUAGUAACCUUCGCUCUGAACGUCGAUGAUCAGAUUUACUUCUCCGAUUACAAACCCCGAGCAGAAGCAGGUAAGAUCGCGCGUCGUCCAGUCAUGUUAUCCAUGAACUCCAACGAGUUUUCAUCCCUGCUUCCUUGGCCGUCUAAAAGCCUCGAAAAUAGCUAUGAUCAAAAGGCAGUGAAUACAGGAAUGAUUCCUUUCGCUGUGUACUCGUUACUCAACUCAACGACUUAUCGAAGCAGAUUGCACAUACCAGUCUACCGCUUUCAGAACGCAGCCGAGUUUCCGAAUUUGAAAUACUACAAAUGGCUUGGAGCGUAUCAUGGUGCCGAAACACCAUUGGUAUUUGGAAGUUAUGGGUUGUUGGAUCAUGUCUCGAAAACCACGGACUUUCAGGUUGAAGUCAGCCACCUGCUGCAGGAUCAUGUUCUUGCUUUCCUCGAAGACCCGUGCGGUGGCCCUGAGAAGUUGGGAUGGGAGCCGAUGGCAACUAGUGACGUCUAUGGCGGCUUUCUUCGUCGCUUUGGAGGAUCUAGUGGGAAGGCAACUGAGAGGAUCAGUGGCAAUGAAGUGGAUGGCGUAUGCUCAGGAGCUCAAGAGUACGAGACGUUUCCGUAG